AAUAAUCGCGAGUGCAGCUGUCUACAACCAUGGGUUUGAUAUAUUGGGUGGCCCUGUGGGAGUUUGAAAAUUUUCGAGUCCCUGAACCAUAUUCAAACCGCAAUACCAUGGAAGACCUGUGACUCCGAGCAGUUCCCAUGGUAGGAGCAGACCAUGAACCAGUCGUGUUCCAUGCCGUUCACAAUAAGAGCACUGUUCGCAGCUGCAGUCCCAUCUCAAUCAUCCCCAUCAUCCCCAUCAUCCCCAUCAUCCCCAUCAUCCCCAUCAUCCCCAUCAUCCCCAUCAUCCCCAUCAUCCCCAUCGGACUCAUCAUACUCAUUACCCUCCAAGUGGUCGAAUAUUCAACCCAGAACAACGCACAAAUGUCGCUCAUGGCCGACUCCAACGGCAUGUACACCAUCACCCUUGCUGCACCAGCAACACACAUCGAUCCAGUGCCAGUGCUGUUCACAUACCAACUUCGCAGCCUCAUGCCUUUAAUCUAG